AUGGACUCUAAACGGAUUGUUCAAAUGCUGGAAACUCUAACAAAGCAAGUGACAGAUCUGACCACCAGAUUUGAAGAACGAUCUAGACUUGUUGAUCGUCGUUUUGCAGACAUAGAAGCAUCUAUUCAACAUGACGAAGAAAGUGUGAAACUUGACGCUCCUAAUUUUAAUGGUGAGUUAAAUCCCAAAGCUUUCCUCGAUUGGUUAGCUACCAUGGAUUGUUAUUUUGCGUGGCAUGACAUGUCCGAAGCCCGAAAGGUUAGACUUGCUAAAAUAAAAUUACUGGGUCAAGCUGGAUUAUUUUGGACCAAUGUUGAAACACAACUAAAGAGAGCUGGUGAAGAACCAAUUGUCCAUUGGGUUGACAUGAAAGAAAGGUUGAAGCAGAAAUAUGUACCAUUCUCCUAUCAACAGCGCUUGUUAGACCAGUGGCAAACUCUUCGUCAAGGCAACAUGCCAGUUAUUGAAUAUAUUGGAAAAUUUGAAGAAUUUAUGUUCCGGUGUGACGUAAGGGAGGAUCAAUUGGUAACUCUUUCUCGGUUUAAAUCAGGCCUUAGUACUGAGAUUCAAAGAGAAUUGAUUCUUCAUAACGUGAAUACUUUAGAGAGGGCUUUUGAGGUAGUACCAGAACUGGAGCGUUAUCUAAAGUCCUCCAAUGUAGUCAAGCAAACUGACUCUCAAAAAUCUGAUUUUCGUGUUGGCACAUUUGAGACUCCAACAUCUAAGGGUUUUACUACGACUAAUUUAGUUAAACCUGCCGAUGAAAAAGGAGCACUAGUGGAUAUCCGUGGUGAUGGGACGACAGGAUGUUAUAGAUGCCAAGGUUUUGGACACAUUGCUGUCCAUUGCCCAACGAAGAAGGGAACAAGAAAUCUGUGUGCAAGCAUUGACAAACAAGCUGACAAUGAAGGCGAACGUGAACAAAUUUAUGAGCCUCAACUUGCAGACAAAGAUUUAGAAGAUGACUUUGGUGAAGCCCCUCACUCAAGGCUAGCAGUGCUAAGGUGUACAUUGACUCUACCUAAGAACGAUACCGAAGAUUGGCGUAGGACAUCCAUUUUCCACACUUAUAUAAAGUCUGAUGAUAAAAAGUGUAAGGUCAUCAUAGAUAACGGAAGUUGUAUCAAUGUUGUGUCUACACUGACCGUAUCUUGUCUUGGCUUGUCACCCUAUAAGCUUCCUGAACCACACAAAGUAGCAUGGAUGGAUGAUACAUCUUCUAUCCCUAUUACCCAGAGAUGUCAAGUUCCUAUUGAGUUUUCCUCUUACAAGGACCAUGUUUGGUGUGAUGUGGUGGCGAUGGAUGUGAAUCAUGUUCUCUUGGGAAGACCAUGGAUUUACGAUCACAAUGUUACCAUAUUGGGUCGAGAAAAUAUAUGUUCAUUCAUCCAUAAAGGAAAGAGCAUCACACUGAAGCCACUUCAACCCAAGCUCGUGAAUCAGUUUCCACCAAACAAGGAGGUGCAAAACAAAGAGGACCUGCAGCGCAUUAAUCGAGACAUUUUGGAUCGUGAUUACAAACUUUAUCUCGCUGGAAUUGAGCGCUUCUCAGCCAGGGGGAAUUGA